AUGGGUUUUUUUAGCUUAUUAGAUAUUGAUACUGAAUGUUAUCGGGUAAGUAGAUGCUCAACAUUUAAUCGAUCUGUUUCAGAAAAUUGGCCAUCAUUACUAAGAAAUAGAGGAUAUAAUAUUUAUUUUAGACAAAUCUCAGAAAUUUGUAGUAUUCAUUAUUUAUAUUUUUCGAUUGAUUAAUAUUUAAUUUCUCGAUAAGUAUAACUAAAGUAUUUAAAUCUUAAAAAGUAAAUAGGAGAAUUUAAAAAGACUUCAUAAAUAACGAUUUACGAUAGAAAUCAAAAAAAUUUGAUUUCAUUUUAAGUUAUUUUAGUUUAGGUAUUUUAAGGGAAAUUUCUAAAAUAAAAUAAAAUAUAAUUAUUUUCACUGCUUAAUAGAAAAUUAUCUAAAAUAAUAGAAUUGUUUUAAAUUCAAGUUCCUUAUGGAAUACUUUUUUAAUAUUUGAUUUAGGUAAAAAUAAAAUAAUAACUCUCAUGUAUCUUAAGUUGUGUUAUGCCUAAAAUUAGACUUUUAGUCAUUGUUUGCUAAUCUAAUGUACUAUUGAGUUUAAGAAGGAAUUAUUAAUUGCUAAAGAAACAAAGCCUCGCUUAAUUUUUAUAAAAUCAUUUUUUAGGUAAUUAACUAACAAAUAUGAUUAACAAUAUCUGUUAAGUUAAUUUAAAAGCCUUCGAAAAUGAAGUACGACAGAACUUUUUCUUUUAUUUGAUGUUGUAAGGGAUGGAUAAUAGUGAAUUUCUGUAAGAUCGAAUUACAUUAUUAUUAUUUUAAGAAUAAUAAUGGGGUCUAAUUGUUAAAUUCUCACACGCUAAAUAUCAUUAUUAUUUGAUAAAUUCUAUAAUGAUAUAUCUAUCUAGAUGAUUUUAGGUGAUUCCUUCUCAAGCUUCUUAAAGGUUGGGAAAUUUUCUUUGUAAACAAUCGCAAAGGUGUGCAUCUACUUCAAUUCCUAACCACUGACUUUGUGGAAAUAUAUUUGCAAAUAAAGUUUUUGUUAAACAUCCUUUGUUCCAGGGCCUAACUCUAAUAGAAAUCUUCUGACUCUAAAAUAGGUUGGGUGACUUCUACCAUGACUUUUGCUAGGCAUAUUGCAACAAGUU